GUGUGUUUCUUUCGUUCCAAGAGUGCUCACGCCUUUUUAAUUAAAACACAAUUCCAAUCAGUUGAGUGCGUAAUAAAGAAGGGAAAACUCGUAAUCUCGUGAAUGUAAGACAUCUCUUGCAAUUGGAGAAUUGCAGUGCAGGGUCUAAGUUCAUCGUGAUUGUCUAUCGUGCAAUCUUUCUUGUGAUAAGAUUUGGAUCUUGAUGAGGAAUUUCGUGUCUUGACUUAUUUAUCUGUUUUUUUUUCUGUGGUCUUGUGUUUGUGUGUGCGUGCUUUUACAUGUUUGCAGUCGCCAGAUGUGUUGUCCUCCCAUAUCGUGGCACAGGUGAUGACUCCACUGAGCUUCUGUCCACUUUCCUGUGAUUGUGCAUCCUGCAAAUUAGCCUCCAUGUGUCCUGUCUAGCAUAAACCAUCAUUCCUCAGGGUGGAAAUCGUCCGUGAGGCACUCCGGAAGGAUGGACGUGGAAUCGGAUGAGUCUGAGAGAUGGGAAGACUUUUUCGCAAACACUUUUAAUUGAGAAAGGAAUUGACCACAAAAGAGGGAGUUCCACGGAUUUGGCGCCAUCGGUGAUCGGCUACUAUGAUCGUCUGUCGACAGAGAUAUCGAGUGGUGUGGUGAUUGCGGAUGGGCAGCAGGUGGUCAAGUACCCGGAGAAGCCCAAGAAGCCACCGUCGUUGCAACCGCGACGACCACCGCAGACCCUUCUUCCUCCGAAUGCAGUUUCACCGCGGAAGCAAUUUCGUAUAUUGUCGCCAACUGUUCAGCGGCUGAUUGCAUCCCAGGAGGGUGGGGCUGAAUCAGGAGGGGAUCCAGCGAAAUUGAGGAAGCCCAUUCCACCACAGAAGCCAGUGCUACGACACAAUCAGCUGCAGAUCCCACUGUCGAGGAAUACAUGCAAGCUAUCAGCUCAGUCGGGCAGUGAGCUCGUGGACACCUACGAGUCCUCGAGGCAGGCCAUUGAGGAAGCUGAAGAGCAGCAAGAACUUCACCGAAAGAGUCUGCUAUCGUCAGAGGAUGAACUGAAGACACCCACAAAUGAUGUGCAUUUUGAUUAUGGCAAAGAACAAGAUAGCACUGAGAUUGUGAGUCCAGGGAGGGUCAAGAGUCUCGUGCAGCGUCUUCAGCAGAGUCCUCCGGCUAGUAUCGAGGCCGUCGAGACCAGUGAAUGUGUAAAGGAGGAAAUAGCAGAAAGUGAUGAGAAGACAAUGAAGUCUUCGCCAAUGGAAACGUGCAAUUUCUUCGUGAAACUCCCGCCUGAAGUGCAGGAAGAGAUCGACAAAUGUCGUGCAUCAACGUUGUCGAGAAAUUCAAAAACUGACACUAAAGGAACCUACGCAAGGACCAAACUCCUAAAUAAUCGACCCCUUCCAGGCUCACCAAAACUCACGGAGAAGAAGAGCCUGGAAGACGACAAAGUAACAGCCACAAGACCCUUAUCAGCUUAUUCCCUCUCCUCUACGUCCUCCAGUUCCGGAGAAGAGAUUCAGGCAGUUAAAUUGGGAGCUGCCACUUCCUACCUUGCCAGCGUGGAAAGUCUGGCAGAUCACAGUGAUACUGAUGGUAUUUUGGCAUUUGGAAGUGGCUUGACAAUGAGCGAAAGGGCUGCCAUGGAGAUCAUCGAUUCGGAGCGAUGCUACGUGGAAGAUCUAGGACAAGUGAUUCGGGGAUAUUUGGAUGAUUGGAAGGAAAGAGCUUGUCUCCGACUCGACGAUCUCACCAUUCUCUUCAGCAACAUUCGGGAAAUUUAUGAAUUCAAUGGGAUCCUCCUGGAGAGGUUGACAUCAGCAGGACGUGAUCCAGUGGGCAUUGCAAAGUGUUUUAUUGAGUUGAGUGGCAGAUUCUCAGUGUACACGACCUACUGCACAAGCUACCCAAAUGCCAUCUCCCUCCUGACAACGCUGCUCCAGGCCAGUCAUACUAAUGCCCUGCUUACGUCGACACAGAAAUUGCUGCAGCACAAUUUGCCGUUGGGAUCGUAUCUGCUGAAGCCCGUUCAGCGAAUUCUCAAGUACCACCUUUUGCUAGAUAACCUGCGGAAACAUUGUGAUGUAGCUGAGGUAGCACAAGCACAUGAAUUGAUGCGUGAAGUGGCGAGGAAUAUUGAUCAAGUCAAGAAGAAUCUGGAGCAACAAAGUCGUGUGAAGGAAUUAUCGGGAAUUCUGGAUGGGUGGUUAGGACCAGAGCUCACAGUUCUCGGUGAACUUCGCCAGGAAGGGAUGCUAAUGGAAAAUAGCAAACUACGUGCAGUAUUACUCUUUGAGACAAUGUUAAUCAUCACGAAGCCAAAGGAGGACAAUCGACUGCAGUUUAAAAUGUACAUAAAGCGACAAGAUAUAAUGCUUGUGGAACAUUUACCCGGUGAACCGACAAGUUUCAAUGUGAUCCCAGUAAAUGAUCCUCGCCAUCAGAUCAAACUGACGGCAAAGAAUCGCGAACAGAAGCGUGUUUGGGCACAACAUAUAAAAUCCGUGAUGCUGGAAGACCUAAACAUACCCAAUAGAGCCAAAGAGCUCGUCUUCAAAUUGGGCGAUGAAGAAGAUCGGACGCCAGAUAAGGGUGUUGGACGCAAAUGGAGUCAAUCGGCGACGCCAGAGUAUCUGGAGAGGCGAAAUCAGUACAGACGCAGUGAGAUGCGGUAUCGUUCGAAGAAGGCACGCAAGAAUAUGACGUCAAGUACGUCAAUGGAGAGUUUUGGGAGCAAAUCGCGGGAUAUGACGUCACCACGGAGGGUACGUUCGAAGGAGUCUCUAUUGGUGGUAGCUAAGAGCAAAUGUGAUCAUCGUGAGGAUAGUUGCAAUUGUGCCGUGGUGAAGAAUCAACUGUCGGACACAUUGAAGGGACGAGAGAGGAGUCAGUCAGUGGAGAAGUUGCCCACGGAAAAGGGAACUGAAGUUGAUGGGACAGAAAUGACGAGGCACAAGAAGUAUUCAACACUGGAUGGAGUGAGGAAGCCAACAACUGCACCACCGGUUGAGAUUAAGGUUUAUACGACAAAAACCCUGCCAACAAGGAUAGUCAACAUUAAGAAAAAUAAGGCGAAGGCAGCCAAAGAAACAAGUCGAUUCUAUUGUGAUCUCAAUCCGGAUGAAUCAACUGUUCUCAGGAUUACAGAAUCCACAGAGAAUUUGAGUCAGGAAGGGGCCAAGUCAAAGGAAGAAGGGUCAAUUGAUAGAGAUCCUUCAUCCAAGAAUGAUGCUGAGAUUAUAUCAGAUCUUCUGAAAGAUAGUGAAGAAUACAAGAGAAUGCUUAAAGUGAAGACGCACAAGCAGAAGAGUGUAGAUUUUUCCAAAAAUCCAGAUUCAACUGAAGUCACUGAUUCUCCAUCAUCUUCAUCUGCAGCUCCUUCAUCUUCUUCGUCAACGUCGUCCAUUGAGAAGACAGAUAAACCCACCGAAGGUCCUAUCAAGACUCAAGCGGAAAAGAUGCUGGAUCGUCUGAAGAGUAUUGAGCAGGAUAUUCAGACUCCAGAACCCAUUUAUGAAAGUCUCCUGAGGAACGUUCAUGUUCCUUACAAAUCACCAAUUGGUCUCAAUCGAUCCGUCAGUCAGAACUAUUCAGUGAAGAAGAAACCGAUGCGACCGGAAUCAGACUAUGUGACAUUGGUUUAUGCCGGAGGAGAACUCAAGAGUGUUGAUGGGUAUUUGGUGAAGAGUUUGCAGCAAUCAGAGCUUUCGCAGUUGCGCAACAGCGAUUCAAAUAUCAACUACAACAACAAGGGAGAAUUUUCAAGACCUGAAGAUGUCCCAGAAGCUGGUUGUGAAGAUGAGGCUGUCGAUAAGAUCAAUAAUUUCGAAAGGAGGGGCAGUUUACGGGCUUCAAAAGGGACUACCUUCCUCCAGAGAUUCAUGAGUGUUCGUCUCGAUGAUUCCAUGGAUUCGACUAAUUCGAUCGCCAAAUGCGUCAAAAAGACCGAAAUUGCAUCUUCCCAAAGUUUCAUUCACAAACAAGGCAGCGAGAGCCUAGGUUCGAGAAUAGCUCAUGUUGACUAUGCGGAUCCUAAGACCCUCUUUGUUCCACAAUCUCAGGGAAGUGAAGAUUCUUCAGCGGCAUCUGCUAAAACUCAGAGAGAUUCAGUAUUUUCAUUAACUUCUUCUAAUGACAGCGUCAAUGAUUCCAAGAACAAUCCGCUAAAAUCUCCAGAGAUUGUAGUCGAGGCUCCUUCCUCCCCAAAUCUCGACGAUGAAUGCUACUACGAACAAAAGGUUGAAGCCUGCCUGGAAAAUGAUGGCUUCUUCAGAGAUUCCGCAGUCUACAGCGACGACAAUGAACGUCGUGGGGAUUUUGUCGAAGACAACACCUCCGUCCGGUGCCUCGUGGCCGAAAAAAAGAAGAGACUAUCAGAAAUAGUCACUCAGACUACACAAACAGUCACAGAGGAGACUCACAAUGGGAUCAAAACGACAACAACAACGAAGAAUUGGGUGAUGCAGCAGAUAAAGAACUUCGAUAGCAACAAUACGCACAAUUAAAAUAUAUAUUUCCGGGUCCAAAUAAAUCUAGUUCUUCCGCAGCAUCAUUAUCCACAGAGAGCCCUCCCCCAUGUUCAUUUGGCAAGGGGUAGGUCCUCCCAAAAUAACGAAUAAGCUCAUUUAGUCCACGGCUUUUUUUUCCAAGAAAAAAGCCGUAGUAACAUCUUCUAGUUGCUAGUGUUAGGUAAAUCAAAUAAAAAUUGCAAGUGUUUUUAGACAACUUUUUUUAACUAGUUAAUUUUAUUAGAUAAAUAAAGAAUAAAAAACUAACACAAAUAUCACGAGCUUAGCUUGUAACCUUAAUUAUUCAGUAAUAUUUUUUUUCCAACAAUAUAUAUUUUAUUUGUAGAAACAAGGUAUUCUACGCUAAAUUUAACAAAAUUGCAACUUGUCUUUUAUAUUAUGGAUGCCAUAAAAAAAUUCUAGUGUACGUCUUGUGAAGAAAGAUAAAUGUUGAAAAUGGAA